CCCUGCCCCAGUUUCACCCGCUCCCCGUCCCAAACGGGCUGAGCACGGCAAAGACCCGCCGGAGCCAUGGAGGACGAGGUGGUCCGCAUUGCCAAGAAGAUGGACAAGAUGGUGCAGAAGAAGAACGCGGCUGGAGCAUUGGAUUUGCUGAAGGAGCUUAAGAAUAUUCCCAUGACCCUGGAAUUAUUACAGUCCACAAGAAUUGGAAUGUCUGUAAAUGCUAUUCGCAAGCAGAGUACAGAUGAAGAAGUUACAUCUUUAGCAAAGUCUCUCAUCAAGCCUUGGAAAAAGUUAUUAGAUGGACCAUCAACUGAUAAAGAUCCUGAGGAAAAGAAAAAAGAUACUACAAUUACAUCACAGAAUAGCCCUGAAGCAAGAGAAGAAAGUAGCUCCAGUGGCAAUGUAAGCAGCAGAAAGGAUGAGACGAAUGCUCGAGAUACUUACGUGUCAUCAUUUCCUCGGGCACCAAGCACUUCUGACUCUGUAUGGUUAAAGUGUAGGGAGAUGCUUGCUGCAGCUCUUCGGACAGGAGAUGACUACAUUGCUAUUGGAGCUGAUGAAGAAGAAUUAGGAUCUCAAAUUGAGGAAGCUAUAUAUCAAGAAAUAAGGAAUACAGACAUGAAAUACAAAAAUAGAGUACGAAGUAGAAUAUCAAAUCUUAAGGAUGUGAAGAAUCCAAAUUUAAGGAAAAAUGUGCUCUGUGGUAAUAUCUCUCCUGACUUAUUUGCUAGAAUGACGGCAGAGGAAAUGGCUAGUGAUGAGCUCAAAGAGAUGAGGAAAAACUUGACCAAAGAAGCCAUCAGAGAGCAUCAGAUGGCCAAGACGGGCGGAACCCAGACUGACUUAUUCACAUGUGGCAAAUGUAGAAAGAAGAAUUGUACUUACACACAGGUACAAAAUCGUAGUGCUGAUGAACCAAUGACAACAUUUGUUGUCUGCAAUGAAUGUGGAAAUCGAUGGAAGUUCUGUUGAGUUGGAAGAAUUGAGAAAAUGUCUGGACCAUUGAGAAAAUGGAUUUUAUAACUGGCUUUAAAACUAGGCCAAGGAAGUAGUUUUUCUGCAAGUCAGAUUUUUAAAGAAAAUGCAUCCCUUGGGUUAAUCUUUGUUUUUGACAUAGUAUAUCCUUUCUUAAAUGCCUGUAGUUUCAGAUCAGUAGGGAGACUACAUAAUAAUUAUAUGGUAUCUAUUUCAAUUUUUUUUCAUUUUUAUAAGUAAUUGAUAUUAAACUUUUAUCAAUUAAAUUUUUGGCAAUUUAUUUUUACCUUUUUUUCCUUCUUAAAGGAAAAUUACCUUAACUUUUUUACAGUCUGAAACAAACACAGUAGAAAUGUUAUUCUCCUCAGUUAAUACAUAAAUGAAAAUUACAUUUUUCCCCUUAUUGGCAUGUACCUGCAAAUAUUAAAGGAGGAGAGAGGUAAUAUAAUUAUAAGUUAAAUAAAUGUGGUGUAUACUUGACCAGCUUAUCUAAAUUGUACAUAAUAUUUGAACUAGCAUAUGAAAUUGUUUUUAAUUAUUAUAUU